AUGAAACCAAAAUUUUGUGCUAUAUGUAAACAACAAAUUGGGGCUAUUGAAGACAAAGUUUUGGUAGAAAAACAUACUCUCCAUAAACGUUGUUUUAAUUGUGCAAUCUGUGAUACUUCUUUAAUGGCUGGAAAUUGUUCAAUUGAUGAUACAAUAUUUCAAUAUUUUGGGCCUUUGUGGUUCUGUCCUGCUCAUAAAAUGCUUGGUUCUGGUGAAAAAUUGAAACUUUUAAAAGCAAAAUAUGGCGAUCCUGGACAGAAAUAA